AUGAGGGAGGCCAGCUUCUCCAGCCCGGCCGUGAAGGCCACAAUCGAGCAAUCCCUAAAUAGCUCCAGCUCUCGCGCAAGUCAACGUCAGCACCAUGUCGCCGGCGGGAGCGCGAAUUUCGGGGCGGGUUUCGGUGGAGUUGUUUCUAGACUGCUUCCAAGUCCUGGUCAACCGCCAACUCCAGUGGCUCGGCUGAUAUCUCCGGCGGUCCCGUCGCUGGCCAAUCAGAGCUCGUUCCUGAAUCCGCAUAUGCAACAGCAACAAACACCCACCGCCCAGAAUGAGAACCCUAGAGGCGAGGAAGUCAAAAAGCUGUUCGAUAUAAUGUCUAGGAGCAAAAGAAGAAACCCAGUUAUUGUGGGGGAUUCGGAGCCUGAGGCCGUGGCCAAGGAAUUGUUCAGAAAAAUAGAAAAUAAUGAAAUCGGAAAUGAUCUGGAUAUGAAGAAUCUUCAGAUAAUAUCAAUUGAUAAAAGUCUUCUUUUGUCCGACAAGAAUCAAAUAGCUGCCAAGAUCGAUGAAUUUGAAAGGGCGAUUGAGAGUAAGAUUGGGAACGGAGGGGUGAUUCUUGAUCUUGGAGACUUGAGGUGGCUGGUGGAGCAGCCAGCGGCUGCAGGUUUCAGUGGGGCCCAGCAGCAGCAGAAGGCACCGGUUGUGUCCGAAUUGGGCCGGGCUCUGGUGGUGGAGAUGUCGAAGCUACUGGCCAGAUUUGGUGGAGCUGAUGGUCUGAAUGAGGGUAAGAACAAGCUCUGGUUGAUUGGGACUGCAACUUGCGAGACAUAUUUGAGAUGCCAGGUUUAUCAUCCCACCAUGGAGAGUGACUGGGAUUUGCAGGCUGUGCCUAUUACGUCGAAAGCUCCUAUUCCUGGAAUGUUUCCGAGGGUUGGACCGGAGAGAACCAUGAGCAACCCCUUGGAAUCCCUGAAUCCGGUGAACCCAAUCCGAAGUCCGUCACCUACUUUAGCAAUGCGUUUAACUGAAAAUUCAGAUCCUGCUACAGAACAACCUGGUCCAAGUCCCUUACCUUCUUUGUCUAGGCGCAUAUCUGAAAAGUUGAAUCCUUCUCAAAUACAGCCUAAUCCAAGUCCCUUGCCUGGUUUGUCAAGGCUUAUACCUGAAAAUUUGGAUCCUGCUCAAAGACGAACUGUUCCAAGUCCAUUACCUGGUUUAGCAAGGCUUAUUCCUGAAAAGUUAGAUCCUGCUCAAAGGCAACCUGCUCCGAGUCCGUUACCUGAUUUAGCGGCGCUUAUUCCUGGAAAUGUAGAUCCUGCUCAAAGAGGACCUAUUUCGAGUUCGUUACCUGGUUUGUCGAAACUUAUACCUGAAAAUUCAAAUCCUGCUCAAAAACAACCUAUGCCAAGUCCAUUACCUGGUUUGUCAAGGCUUAUACCUGAAUAUUCAAAUCCUGCUCAAAGACAUCCUAUUCCGAGCCCCUUACCUGGUUUGGCGAGGCUUAUACCGGAAAAUUCGGAUCCUGCGCAAAAACCCACCUUUUGCCCUCAGUGUUCAGUGAAUUACGAAAAAGAUCUAGCAAAAAUUGCAGCCAUUGAGAAGUCAUUAUCUCAAUCUUCCAAUGAAUCACAAGGAAAGGACCAAAGUCUGCUUUCCAAGCAGAAAACUCAAGAGCUGCAGAGAAAAUGGAGGGACACUUGCUUACAUAUCCAUCCCAAUUUUCAUCAAUCUACCUGUCCCACAAACCCUGUCCAGCUACCCGUGCCGCCAUCUGUGGCAAGCAUCUACAAUCCAAACUCGCUCGCCCGUCCCCCUUUCCAGCCCAUGAUGCCCAACCUGGUCAAACCUCUCGGAUCAGCCCUGCAGCUGAACACUGGCCCAGUCACGACCCAACUCGUCCCUCCAGCAGCGCCCAAAAGCCCGCCCACAAGCCCCGUGCAGACAGACCUCGUCCUGGGAACCAAGGGCCCGAAGAAACCUGCCGAGGAUCAUCCAGCCAAAGACCUGCUCAGCUGCAUCUCAUCCGAGCCCAUGACAACAAACAAACCGCUCGAGAAAUUCGCAAACGAGCUGGAUGCUGGCACGUACAAGAAUAUCCUCAAGGGCCUGAUGGAGAACGCGUGGUGGCAGGCUGAAGCUGCCUCAGCCGUAGCCUCGGCCAUCACGCGCUGCCGCCUGGGCAACGGCAAGCAGCGGGGAAACGGCAGAGGCGACACAUGGCUGCUGUUCGCGGGCCCCGACCGGGUCGCCAAGCGCAAGAUGGCAUCCGUGCUUGCUGAGAUGAUCUGCGGGUCGGGCUUGGUGAUCAUCGGCCUCGGCCCGCAUCGGGAGGACGAGCCCGACACGGGCCUCCGAGGCGGCAAUGCCGUCGACCGCAUCGCCGAGGCCGUUCGCCGAAACCCGUUGUCGGUGAUCGUGCUCCGGGAUAUCGACGAGGCGGACGUGAUCGUUCGUGGGAACAUAAAACGGGCCAUCGAUCGAGGGAGGCUCACUGACUCUUAUGGCCGUGAGAUUGGACUCGGAAACGCUCUUUUCAUCGUCACGGGCGAUUGGUCGACGGUUAGCGCCGAGGCGUUACGAGACGGGCAGUUUGUGGAUGAACGGAAGCUGAAUUCGACUGCUGGCGGGAGCUGGCAGCUGGGGUUGAUAGAAAAAUCCGUCGACUCGAGCGAGGUGUCGGCGGUGGACGGAGGGGACGAUGCGGAGCCCACGGAUGGGGGUUUCUCGAUUGUGUCGCUGCCGCAUGACCUGGCGAGCUGCGUGGACGACUCGAUCGUGUUCAGGCCAGUCGAGGCGGCGUUCGUGCGCCGGGAGAUCAAGAAAACAAUAGCGGUGAAGUUCUCGAUGGAAGUGGAUGAAAACCUGAAGAUCGAGAUAGGGGAUGAUGUGCUGGACAAGAUACUUGGUGGACUGUGGCAUGACUCGACUAGCCUGGAGAAGUGGGUGGAGGGAGUGGUGGGCCCGAGUUUCGAAGAGCUUAAGCCGCGUCUCCCAGCAGGGGAUAGGAGCAACUCGGUGGUUCGGCUGGUGGUCGAGUCGGACUCGUGCGAUCGGGGGAAGAGUAAAGGAGAUGUUGUGGACUGGCUGCCGAAUAGCAUCUUGGUUUAG